CACCAACCACCCUGGUUCUCAUCACUGUCGGCAGCACUCAGUCUUAAGCGGAUAAGCAGAAACGAUGAGUGUUCCUCUACACCUGAGCUUUUAUCCUCAAGGAGAAUAUUUCCAUCAUUCUGCUGGAAACCUUACAAGCAUCUCUGGGCUAAAUGAAGCCCAUAACGUGCCCGGAAGGAGUAAUGAAAGCUCCAGAUCUAAAUGGCCUCCUGUUAAGUUUGAAAGUGAAUACAGGGACCAAUAGCCAAAUAACCCCAACCCACCAUGACGGAUCUUUGCUGAUAACAAGUUCCUGCAGGAAUCGGAACCAGAUAGCGGGAAUCUUAUACUCCGCCAAGUACGAUAAAGAAAGAUCAUCCUGUCAGCACGGUGGGAUGCCCCGGGGAAGUAUAACCGGGCGCAACUGAACCACCAUUUCGUGUCAUCCCGCAACCCCUCCACCCCUCACUACAGACCAAAUAAUCAGAAUCACCAUGACUUUCACAGAAGUUCCAGCCAAAGAUUGGCGUGUCAUUGUCGCUGAAAGACGUAAAGACCUCGACUCUAAGAUCCCCUCCGAGUGGCGGCUUAAGGAGGACUUUGUUUCUUCGCUUCCUCGUCCUACGCAUCUCUUGGCCUCCAAUGCUGUUGAGAAGAGUGGAAUCCUCACAGAUGCCGAGCUAGAUAUUACUGGCAGCUAUGAUGCUUCGCAAUUGCUCAGGAAACUUGCCUCUGGCGAGCUAAGCUCCGUGGCCGUUACGACCGCGUUCUGCAAGCGGGCGGCUGUUGCGCAGCAAUUGACAUCGUGCUUGACGGAGCAUUUCUUCGAUUUCGCUCUAGAACGCGCCAAGUACCUUGACGACUAUCUCAAGCGGGAGAAGAAAGUCAUCGGACCGCUGCAUGGCCUUCCGAUCAGUCUCAAAGAUAGCUACCAUGUGAAAGGAUACCAUACCACCAUUGGAUAUGUGUCAUUCCUUGGGCAUGGUCCUGCGACCACGAACUCGGCUGUAGUAGAUAUGUUACUGGAUCUGGGCGCGGUGCUGUACGUGAAGACAAACGUUCCCCAAACGAUGCUGACCGCCGACUCAGACAACAACAUCUACGGACGUACCCUCAACCCCCACAACACAGCCCUCACAGCCGGUGGUUCCACUGGCGGCGAAGGUGCACUUCUAGCCCUCCGGGGCUCCCUCAUCGGCGUCGGCACCGACGUCGCAGGCUCAAUCCGCAUCCCUGCGCUCUGCUGCGGCAUCUACGGCUUCAAACCAACGACAGCCCGAAUCCCCUACGGCGGCCAAGUCAGCUUCCUGUACGAAGGACCCCCCUCAGUUGAACCCUGCGCCGGUCCCAUGACCGCAACGUUUGAGGAUCUCGAGCUCUUCAUGUCCACCAUCCUCGACGCCGAACCCUGGCGCUACGACGUGACGACCCUCGCAGCACCUUGGUCCCGCAAUCCUCAAUUAACAGAGCCACUAACGAUUGGCAUCCUCGCCACGGACGAGAAAUAUCCCCUCCACCCGCCUAUCAAACGGGCCCUGCAAUCUGCCAUUGAAGCCUUGACCCGAAAGGGCCACCGCAUCGUCUAUCUCGACAAUGACACCAACAAAGACCUCGACAUCGCCUACGCGAACCGCCUCUUCUGGCAAUACGGCACCUACUCACCACACCACGACCACGUCACUCCCAGCGGUGAGCCACUAGUCACCUCUGUGGCCAAGGGGCCCUCCCCGAUGGUUACCGGUGACUUCCCCGUCUCCAAAGAGCUGGGCAUCUUCGAAGAGAUCCAUGAAUUACAUCACAAGAGACAAGACUACCGCGACGCAUGGCGCAAAGUCUGGAUCGAAACCGGCAUAGAUGUAAUUCUCGGCCCAGGGGCACAGAACACCGCCGUCCCACAUGAUACGUACGCGUGGCCGCCCUACACGGUCGUGUGGAACCUACUCGACUACCCAGCAUGCAUCAUUCCCUACGGCCAGGCUUCAAAGGACCUCGAUCCUGAGCCCAUGGCUAUCAACGAUGGCAUGCAGCCUAGUUAUAAUCCCGACGAAGUCGACGGCGCUCCCUGCGCAUUACAAAUCAUCACGUCCCGAUUCCAGGACGAGAAAUGUCUCGCUGCUGCGAGGAUCAUUGAUCGGGAUAUUCGCCAGUAG